CACGCGUUAAAAUCGUCUACGGCAGAAGCGAAGCGUCGCUUUCCUCGGAUUUUCAAACAGCACGGCUGAUUUUCCUCGUUUUCUGUUCAUGCAUGCGGGUCGGACAAACACUCUGAAUUCAGUCUGUUUGUGGACCUCUCCCGUGGCGAAGCGGGUCAUGCUGUCCCGGCGAAGGUAAUGAGCCGCAAAGCCCUCGGGUCUCGGCUUAGCAGCGCCCAUAAACUGCAACGGAACUGGAAUGAUUGGCAGCCCAGAAGCGACAGUGUGUCAGCCAGCCAGGAAGGUGUGAAGUGCAGUGUCUCUAGAGACCACGGUUCAGCAGCUCUUUACGACCCUCCACAGUCUGACCAGCCUGGCACCCCACCUCUGCACAAUGACACCUUCACUGCUGCUGUUGCACUGGAAGAAGGAGGUGUGUAUGACGCUGAUGGAGGCCUCAGUGAAAAUACUUUUGGUUGGAAGUCGUUGGGGCAAGAGUUGAGAAUCAAUGAUGUGACCACGGAUUUAACCAGUUUUCAGCAUGGAAGCCGUGCUUUAGCUACAAAGGACAUGAGGAAAUCACAGGACCGACCGCAGACUCAUUCUGAUGAGUCUCGGCUCGCAAACCUUCUGCGGAGGGUCUCGCGGGAGGAUGACCGGGACCGCAGGUUGGCCACCAUGAAACAAAUGAGGGAACUGAUUGUGCAUUCUGAAAACAAGGUGGUCCUGGUGAAACAGUUGGAUAACAUUUUGAGUACCCUGAAUGACAUUUUGAGUGAAAGUAGUAAGCUCCUUCAGGAGCUGAGACAGGAAGCUGCCUGCUGCCUGGGCCUGCUGUGUGCUGCCCUCAGUUACGAGGCGGAGAGGAUCUUCAAGUGGAUGUUUGUGAAAUUCAGUGCUUGUACCAAGGACGAGGUGAAGCUGCUGUAUCUGGUGGCUGUUUAUAAGGCUCUGGAGACAGCGGGGGAGAAAAAGGCUUUUUCACCUGUAAUGCAGUUGGUGAUGAGCAGCCUUCAGUCCAUUCUGGAGAACUUGGACACCCCAGAGCUGCUGUGUCAGAGUGUGAAAUGUAUUCUGCUUGUGGCUCGUUGCUACCCACACAUCUUUAGUACCAACUUCAGAGACACAGUGGAUAUCCUUGUGGGUUGGCAUAUAGAUCAUACACAGAAACAGUCUCUCACCCUGCAGGUGUCUGGGUGGUUACAGAGUCUGCAGCAGUUUUGGGUGGCGGAUUUGGCCUUUUCUACAACAUUGUUGGGCCAGUUUCUAGAAGACAUGGAAGCGUAUGCUGAGGAUUUGAGUCAUGUGGAGUCGGGUGAAGCAAUGGAUGAGGAUAUUCCCCCACCUACUGUGUCUCUACCGAAGCUAGCGGCCUUGCUGCGAGUCUUCAGCACUGUGGUGCGCAGCAUCGGAGAAAGAUUCAACCCCAUCCGAGGACCACCCAUCACAGAGGCUUACGUCACUGAUGUUUUGAAUCGUGUGUUGGCUUGCGUCACCACAGCCAAGCAGGUGUUUUUCUCGGAGGCUGUGCUGACUGCGGGGAACGAGUGCGUGUGUGUUCUGCUGACAAGCAUAGACUCCAACAGCCAGCUGACGGGGGCGGUCAUCUCCUAUGGCCUGGACCAGCUGGAAAGUUGCCAGUCCUGUGGACCCGAGUACAGCAUGGGUGUCCUCAACCUGCUCACACUGAUUGUUGACCAGAUAAACACCAAACUACCUGCUACAUUUGUGGAAAAGCUGCUAGCCCCUAACUCCCAACUUCUGGAGCUGCGUUUCCACAGAGAGCGAGAGGUCAUGGUAGCAGCUCAUGGCGUGUAUCAGGCUGUUCUGAGUCUGAAGAACAUCCCUAUCCUGGAGGCGGCGUACAAGUUGGUUCUGGGGGAGAUGGGCUGUGCCCUGAACAGUCUGCUUGGACUGCUGGGGCUGCCAACGGCCUGCCCGCACAUCCAGCACCCAACCUUUAACCAGCUUCAGCUCAGCCCAGAGAGAGCAGCAUUCAUCCUCAUCUUUAACCUCAGCACCCUCACAACCAUCGGAAAUACUAAAAACUCCCUCAUUGGGAUGUGGGCUCUAUCUCCUACUGUAUUUGCUCUGCUAAGUCAGAACCUGGUUGUGGUUCACAGUGAGCUGGCUGUGCACCACCCUGCAGUCCAGUAUGCAGUGCUUUAUACGCUCUACUCACACUGCACCAGACAUGACCACUUCAUCUCCAGCAGCCUCAGUUCCUCUUCCCCCUCACUGUUUGAUGGUGCAGUCAUCAGCACUGUUACUACAGCAACCAAGAAGCAUUUCAGCACACUCCUCAGUCUGCUGGGGAUGCUGCUAAGCAAAGAUCACCUGAACCCUGAGACAAGGAGGCUUUUGCUCACCUGGUCUCUGGAGGUUGCUCUGAUGAUGAAGAAAUCUGAGACGUAUUCUCCGCUUUUUUCUUUGCCCUCCUUUCACAAGUUUUGUAAAGGUCUUCUUGCAAAUGCUUUGAACGAGGAUCCCACUGUCUGUCUGCAGACGUGCAGCAGUUUGCAGGUGCUGUCGUCUUCACUGCCCACAGAGCUUCUGCAAAGGUGUGUGGACGUGUGUCGUGUGCAGCUGGUUCACUCGGCUGUGAGGGUCAGGCAGGCCUUUGGCAAAUUGCUGAGAUCCGUCCCGUUGCAUGUCACAUUGAGCUGUAACCACAGUCCCUCAGAAAUUCAUGAGAUUUCUCUCGCCAUCCGCCGGCAUAUGAGCAAAGCGCCCAGCAACACCUUCCACCCACAGGACUUCUCUGACCUCAUCAGCUUCAUCUUAUAUGGAACCGUCCACCGCGGGGGGAAGGAGCCAUGGUUGGAAAGGCUGUACCACAGCUGCCAGAGGCUGGAGAAGCGUGAGUGUGGCGUGGUGCCCCGCUCUCUGCUGAAGACAGAGGCAGUGCUGUGGCAGUGGGCCGUGUGGGAGGCAGCCCAGUUCACGGUUCUCUCCAAGCUGCGGACUCCUCUGGGUCGAGCACAGGACACCUUCCAAACCAUCGAAGGAAUGAUCCGCAGCCUGGCAGCACACAGUCUGAACAGUGAACAGGAGCUGAGUCAGUGGAGUGGCGGAGAGAGUGACGAGGGCCACCACACUAACCAGCUCCGGUUGGCUCUUCUGCUGCAGUUCCUGGAAAAUCUGGAGAAGCUCAUGUAUAAUGCUUAUGAAGGCUGCGCCAACGCUCUCACUGCCCCUCCAAAAGGCAUUAGGACAUUUUUCUACACCAACCGUCAGACCUGUCAGGACUGGCUGACCAGGAUUCGAAUGGCGCUGAUGAGAGUGGGGCUUCUGUCUGGGCAGCCAGCAGUCACGAUCCGCCACGGCUUUGACCUGCUUACAGAGAUCAAAAACAGCAGUGCACAGGGCCCUGAGAUGGAGGUGCCCAUUACCAUGCUAGUGGAGGCUCUGUGUGAGCUGCGCUGCCCAGAGGCCAUCCAGGGCUUGGCAGCCUGGAGCCAGGCAAACAUGGGCAAGAGUCUGGCCUGGGUGGGCUCUGUUGCUCUGCAGGCAGAGGGGAAGUUUGAGAAGGCCGCUCUGGAGUAUCAGGAGCAGCUGUGUGCAGUAACAGGAAUGGACUGCUCCAUCAAAGGCUUUGACAGGUCCUUGCUGAAACUCAGCAGCUCCACCACAGGCAACAGCUCCAGCCCCAAGCAUACACCCAGCGGUGAUGGAAGAAAGACCGUUUUGCUGAAGUCCAGCGAAUGUUCUCCUGAGGUUCUGAACUUCCUGGCCAACAAGGCGUGCGAGUGCUACGUGGCCCUGAGUGACUGGGCCUCUGUGCAGGAAUGGCAAGCUAGCAUGGUGGCCCUGAAGAAAAACAGCAGCAGUUCCACCACCGUCAAUCUCAAGACUGACUUCAACUACAUAAAAGCACUGAGCAGGUUUGAGGAUGGGGAUUUCCCUGAAUGCCGUGCUCAGCUGGAACUAUUACCUGGGGAAGAUUAUGGCCUCCUCAACUCCACCACAAAGGACAAGCUAGGUACACACAAUCACUACCUGAAGAGGCUCCUGCCUGCCGUUCUAAGCCCUGAUCCAUCAGAACUGCAGAAAGCCAUUGAAGUUCAGUUGCUGAGGAGUGCGGUUGGAGCUCUUACGUCAACCAAUCAUGAGCAAGACCAGAAAGUUUUACCCUCUUCUGACACUUUAGUGAAGUACCUGAAGCAGACGAGCCGGAUCACUCUGGGACCGCUGCGUCUGUCCACUCUCACCCUAUCAGACUCCCUGCCCACCCUCAACACCCUGCAGCUCCACUGUGCCAGCUCUCUGGAAACCUCACUUUGCAGCCAGCAUCCUUCAGAGGACUGCUUAGUCCCUCUCUACAGUGAGGCACUGACUACUUGUAAGCAGCAGGAUGUUCAGCCAUGGCUGCAUGCACUUCGUUACACAAUCUUUCAGAGGCAGCUCUUCCAAAAGCUCAGAGGUACCUCUGGUCCUAUGGACUCUCACCUGAUGGAGCUGUGUCUGACUGCGGUGAAGUUUGCUCGUAAGCAGGGGAACAUUGCUCUGGCCACACGCCUGUUGGCACAGUGUGGUAAACAAUCUGCUGAGGAUUCUGACACCCCAGACCUGGUGCAGAGUUUCAAGCAGCUGUCACUAGAGGGCGCUGUAGGAGAGAAAUGGGGACCAGAGCUGAAGAUUGAAAGGGCUAAAGUCCUGUUCACUGCAGGUCAGUCUGUGGCUGCCAUGGAGAUGCUGAGCUCUUGUGCGCUGUCCUACUGUCGCUCGGGGAAGUGCGAGCGUGCAGCCUGCCGCUCGGUGCUCACUCUGUGCAAGUGGCUGCUGGCCGACUGGAAGGACCUCACGCCGCAGCUGAAGCAGGUGGUGAAGAAAAACACCACCACUACCACCCUCUCCACCCUCAGUAAAAACAUCGCUGGCCUCCUGGAGCUGCCAGUGGAGGAGCAGGGCAUGCCGCGGAUCACCACAGAGACCACAGUGAGCGUAGGAGUUGGAGAAGCAGAUUUCGUCCUGGGCCAGUUGUACCAGCUCUCUGCUAAUCAGGCCCCUGAGGUUGCCAAGUCCUGGGCUGCUCUUGCAAGCUGGGCGUACAGAUGGGGUCGGAAAGUUGUUGACAAUGCGAGUCAAGGAGAAGGGGUUCCUCUGCUGCUUGGAGAGAAGAAGGAGAUAGAGGAGUUGCUGCCAUCAGGCACCACUGAGGAGGAUAAGGAGACCAUUUUCAGCAUUCUGGGCCAAGCCAUGUGUCGCCCAGCUGGAAUUCAGGAUGAGGACAUGGCCUUGCAGAAUGAAGAGGAUGACGAAGAUGACAUGGUUGAUGUGAUCUGGAGACAGCUGCUCAGCUCGUGCCCGUGGCUUGCUGAUGUGGAGGACAGAGUGACUGAGGGGCUCAUCAAGGUGUGGCGACGUGUGGUGGACCGAAUCUUCAGCCUCUAUAGAGUCUCCUGUAGAGCUUACUUCACCUUCCUCAAGCUCAAUGCUGGACAGGUACCCAUUGACGAAGAUGACCCUAAACUCCUUCUGAACAACCAAAACAGCAAGCAGAGCAGCGACGACGUGAUCGUAAUGGCAACCCUGCGUUUGCUGCGCCUCUUGGUGAAGCAUGCUGGAGAGCUGAGGGAGGGGUUAGAGCUUGGCUUAGCCUCCACACCCACUGCCCCCUGGAGAGGCAUCAUUCCACAGCUGUUCUCCAGACUGAAUCACCCGGAGGCUUACAUCCGCCAGAGCAUCUGCAGCCUGCUGUGCCGUGUGGCCCAGGAUUCACCCCACCUUAUUCUUUACCCUGCUAUUGUGGGCUCCAUCUCACUUGGAGGAGAAUCCCAGGCAGCAGGUAACAAGUUGCCAUCAUCUCUGCCAACACUGCUGGGGAACAUGCAGGGUGAGGGUUUGUGUGGAGAGGAGAGUCAGGCAGGCAGUGCUCCUGCCUCUCAAGAGAGCGGCCGUGGGGAGGAGCUGGUGCUGUGCUCCAGUGAGGAUCAGGCCAUGAUGCAGGACUGCUACAGCAAAAUUGUAGACACACUUUCCUCUGGCAAUCCCACCAUGGUUCUACAGGUGCAGAUGCUGGUAGGAGAACUGCGGAGGGUCACUCUACUGUGGGAUGAGCUGUGGUUGGGUGUCCUGCAGCAGCAGCACAUGCAUGUCCUGCGCAGGAUCCAGCAGCUGGAGGAUGAAGUAAAGCGAGUUCAGAACAACAACACUCUGCGCAAAGAUGAGAAGAUGGCCAUCAUGCGGGAGAAACACUCAGCGCUCAUGCGACCCGUUGUCUUUGCUCUGGAUCAUGUGAGGAGCAUCACGGCAGCCCCUGCAGAGACUCCACAUGAGACCUGGUUUCAGGAGACUUAUGGAGAGGCCAUCCAUAAUGCUCUGGAGAGACUGAAGAACCCCCUUAACCCGGCCAAUCCUGCCAGCAGCUGGGUGCCCUUUAAACAGAUCAUGGUGAGUUUGCAGCAGAGGGCACAGAAGCGAGCCAGCUACCUCCUGCGACUGGAUGAGAUCAGCCCUCGACUGGCCUCCAUGGCCAACACAGAGAUGGCGCUCCCAGGAGAGGUCUCUGCCACUGAUGCAGUCACCAUCCACAAUGUGGGCAACACCAUUACCAUCCUGCCCACCAAGACCAAACCCAAGAAGCUGUACUUUCUUGGCUCGGAUGGGAAAAACUAUCCCUAUCUUUUUAAAGGUCUGGAGGACUUGCAUUUGGAUGAGAGGAUCAUGCAGUUCUUGUCCAUUGUCAACACCAUGUUUACUAAAGUAAACCAGCAGGAGAGUCCACGUUUUCAUGCCCGGCAUUACUCAGUCACUCCUCUGGGCACACGCUCAGGUCUUAUCCAGUGGGUGGAUGGAGCCACGCCCCUGUUCGGCCUCUAUAAACGCUGGCAGCAACGCGAGGCUGUUCUGCAAGCUCAAAAGGCACAAGACUCCUAUCAGCAGCCACAGAAUCUGCCAAUGGUCCCUCGCCCCAGUGAAUUGUACUACAGUAAAAUUGGCCCCGCCCUCAAGGCUGUCGGUCUCAGUCUGGACGUUUCUCGUCGUGAUUGGCCACUCAGCGUCAUGAGGGAUGUGCUGCGAGAGCUGAUGGAGGCUACUCCGCCUAACCUGCUGGCAAAGGAGCUGUGGUGCUCCUGCACCACCCCCAGCGAGUGGUGGAGGGUCACUCAGUCUUAUGCCAGAUCCACCGCUGUGAUGUCCAUGGUGGGCUACAUCAUAGGCUUGGGGGAUCGUCACCUGGACAAUGUACUGAUUGAUAUGACGACCGGCGAGGUGGUGCACAUAGACUACAACGUCUGUUUUGAGAAAGGUAAAAGCCUGAGGGUUCCAGAGAAGGUUCCCUUCCGUAUGACGCACAACAUCGAGACUGCUUUGGGGGUUACAGGAGUGGAAGGAAUCUUCAGACUCUCAUGUGAACAGGUGGUUCAGAUGAUGCGCCGCGGCAGAGAGACCCUUCUGACCCUGCUAGAGGCGUUUGUGUAUGACCCCUUGGUGGACUGGACUGCAGGUGGGGAGGUGGGCUUUGCUGGAGCCGUGUAUGGAGGAGGUGGGCAACAAGCUGAGAGCAAGCAGAGCAAGAGGGAGAUGGAGAGAGACAUCACUCGCAGCCUGUUUUCCUCCCGCGUUGCUGAGAUCAAGGUGAACUGGUUCAAGAAUCGUGACGAGAUGUUGGCAGUACUGCCUCAGGUGGAGAUGGCUGUGGAAGAAUACCUGAGUCUGCAGGAGCAGCUCACGCAGGUUGAGAAGGUGCAGGCAAAGCUGCUGGAGGAGAUGGAGUUCCUGGAGGGAGCCGACAGCAGGGCAGAGCAUCCUAUUCACACUCUGGAACAUAGAUAUGUGGAGCACACUCAACUUCAGUCUCGCCAGAGGACCGUGCAGGAUGCCAUCCAGAGCAAAAUGUCAGACUUGAAUCAGUGGAUUUCUCAGUACCAGGAUGCCUUUUCCAGACUAGAGGCCACACAGCUCGCCAGCCUACUGCAGGAGAUCAGCAGUCCCAUAGAUUUAGGUCCACCAAGCUACGUUCCAGCCACAGCUUUCCUGCAGAACGCAGGUCAGGCUCAUCUGAUCAGUCAGUGUGAGGCUCUGGAGGCUGAGGUGAGCGCUCUGCUGCAGCAGCGCAGGUCUCUGCUGCGUGGCUGCCUGGAGCAUCUGCACAGCUACGCCACCGUGGCCCUGCUGUACCCGCGUGCUGUCCUGCACAGACACAGAGUGUAUACCUGGAACCAGUGGAUGGAGGAGCUGGUGUGUGACAUGACUGUGGACCACUGCCAGGCUGUGUAUCACCAUUAUGAGAUGCAGUUUGCCCCCCAACCUCCAGCUUCCACCUGUCAGUUCCUGUCGAGUGUAGAGAUGGCCCUGCAGCAUCACGCAGCUGAGACCAACACACGGCUGCUGCGGCAGGUGGAGCGUCUGAAGGUGGAGGGUGCGACCGUGCCGGUGUGUGAGGAGCAGUUGCAGGAGAUUGAGCGUUGCAUCAAGGUCUUCCUGCAUGAGGAUGCUGAGCUUGCCUCUUUCAGUCUGGCUGGGAUCAUCGUCUCUGCUCUCUGCGCUCUCACCAGACGUAACCUUGUGAUGGAGGGUGCAGCAGCGAGUGCAGGAGAGCAGCUGGUGGAGCUGACCUCUCGAGAUGGAGCAUGGUUUCUGGAGGAGCUCUGCAGCAUGAGUGGAAAUAUCACUUGCUUGGUGCAGCUGCUUAAGGAGUGCCAGCUCCAGUCUCAUGAUCUGGAUGUGCUUAGCCCUGCUGACACCUCGCAAGCUGUCUACCUGGCCAACGGAGUCUAUACCUGCCUGCAGGAGCUCAACACCGAUUUCCGCCAGAUCAUCUUCCCCGAGGCUCUGCGCUGCAUGCUGAAAGGAGAAAGCACUUUGGAAACCAUGCUCUCCGAAUUGGACACCCUCAUAGAGCAGUGUGCUGACGGGGUUUCCCUGCAGGGCCUGGGAGAGGCUCUGCAGGCCCACCUCCGCAACACAGCCAUGGGACUGGAGGACUCUGAUGCACACUAUCUUGAGGUCACCAGAGUUCUGCGUGUCCAGUACUCAGAGUUGAUCCAACCACGAAACCUUGACGGCUCAGUGCAGGACACUCCUAAAAUGAGUGCUGGACAGAUGCUCCUGGUGGCCUUUGAUGGAAUGUUUGCACAGCUUGAGACUGCUUUUGGGCUCCUGAUUGAAAAACUGAAUUCUAUGGAUGUACCUGCUGCUUGGAGAAAGGUGGACGUCAUCCGGGAGGCCAGGGCCACACAGAUGCAUUUCUUUGACAAUGUGCAAACCCGGCAGGUCCUGGAAGAAAUAUUCUUCCUUAAGAGGCUUCAAACCAUCCGUGACUUCUUUAAACUUUGUGCCUCGUUUGCUCAGACAUUAUCAGGCACAUGUCCCCCUCCCACCGAUGAACCCCCGCCUACUAACGGCCCAGUCCCCAUAGUGAAGCCCCUGUACCGUGGCUCCACUGUGGUGAGUGAGGAACAGAUGACGAGGCCCAUAAAAGCGUUCACCGCAGACUUCGUAAGGCAGAUGGUGAUGGGGCUUCCCACGCAGGCCCUCGGCCUGGCCCUCUGCAGCGCCCUCAGUGCCCUGGGCACGGACCUCAUCGCCCAGGUGGAGGCUAAAGAUUUCGGGGCUGAGGGAAAGGUCUCUCUGGAUGAUCUGUGUAAGAAAGCAGUGGAGCAGGGUGUUCAGGCCGGGCGGUUGUCUCAGCUGCUGCUGAACAGGGCCACGGUGCUGGCCAGCUCUUACGACACGGCCUGGAAGAAGCUGGACCUGGUGCGCCGUCUGGAGGUCAGCAUAGAUGCCUACAAGGUCAGCCUGCAGAGAGCCCAGCUGCACAUAGCCAUGUUCCAGUGGCAGCAUGAGGAUGUGCUUGGUGCUCGGAGUCAGCCCAUGACUGUCAGCCCUCCACCUCGCUCCAUUAUUCUCAGCAACAUGAAGAAAAAGCUUUACAAGCUCAGCCAGGAUGAAGCAGCGAUCGCAAGCGUUCAGGAGAAGCUGGCGUCACUAGAGGGCAGUAUCGAGCAGAGGCUGAAAUGGGCCGGUGGUGCAAACCCUGCUCUGGCACCAGUACUUCAGGAUUUUGAGGGCACCAUUGCUGAGCGCCGUGCCCUGGUGGUAAAGGAGAGUCAGCGCACCAGCCAGGUCACGUUUCUCUGCAGCACAGUCCUCAACUUCGAGGGUCUUCGUACGCGCACCCCGGAGGCCUUGAGCAUGGAUGCUGCCCUCUUUGACCUGGUGAAGCGUUGCCAGGCAACCUGCUCCUAUGCUGCCCAGUUCAACACAUCUGUUACCCCUCUGGAGCUGCAGCUACUCCACAGACUGACCCCGGUGAUGGAGCUGCCUAUUGGGGGGUCGGAGUGGCUGACCUGUGCUCAGAAACAUCUGUCGCAGGAGAUGUCCAGCCAGAGGGCUCUGCAGGAAGAGCGAGAGCAGCAGCUGGACAGCGUUACUGAAACUCUGCAGCUACUGGUGGACACAAUCAAAGGGAUCCUGUCCAAUCACAAUCGCCUUCUUGCUGAUGUGAAGCACCUGCUACGUGCUAUGGCCAAGGAUGAGGAGAAUGCCCUUGCAGAAGGAGAGGAAGUGACUUACGAAGGAAGCGUGCGUCAGUUCCUGUCUGAGUACAAGGCUUGGCAGGAUAAUGUGCAGAUAGUGCUGUUCACAGUGGUGCAGGCCACAGGUCAGCCGCGCAGCGUGGAGCAGGUGGAGCUGCUGCAGGAGAUUCCUGCCACACUCAAGGAGCUUAAAGUCCAGAGUCAGAGCAUCUACAAUGGGUUGGUUGGUUUUGCUUCUCCCCUGGUCACUGAAAGAGGAAGCGACUGUGCAAGCCCCACAUCAACAGUGCAGACGAGCUUUGCUGCUGCUGUGCGGUGUAAUGCAGCGAAGACCCAGCCUGACAGCAUGUCUCAGAAUGCUCGCAAAGCCCUUCCUCGAAACUUUGGGACCCCAACAGACACCCCACCCAGCACCCUGCUCAUUGCCACCAAAGGCCUGGCCCCGAGCCCCAAGAGAGCCGUAAGGGACCCGAAAACUGGGAGAGCUGUACAAGAGAGGAACUCGUAUGCUGUGAGUGUUUGGAAGAGAGUGAAGGCGAAACUUGAAGGCAGGGAUGUGGACCCUAACAGGAGAAUGAGUGUCACUGAGCAGGUGGAUUUUGUCAUCAAAGAGGCAACGAACCUGGACAACUUGGCCCAGUUGUAUGAGGGAUGGACAGCAUGGGUGUGAACAGGAUCCUUGUAGAUCACUUCGGUCCAGCGAGGGUAGAAAUCCACCAGAAUCCACUGGGUCUGGGGCGUCGGAGCCACAGAGCACCAUGCGGGAAAGGGGGGGGUGUAGAGGCCCUCCUGCGCGCCCACACGGGAUCCCCGUAAGCAGCUGCACUCGGCGAUCCAGCUAACACCACCGAAAUGGGUCUGCAUCUGUCUCCCCGAGCUGUGUGGGGAGCAUACCGAGACGGGGAGGGGGGGUGGGAUGGGGGACGAGGCAUCCCAGCUUGAACUACCCCCCCAACCAGCCCCUGUAUCAUCGUCAACAACAAUAAUGUCUGUCAACUAUCAAUAAAUAGGGUUUGCCGCAGGGAAAACGAUGAAUCCAGUUCUCUUUAGAGGGGAGAGCCGUGUUGCGCGGCACGUCUCUGGACUUCACUAAAGUGGAGAUGGGACACCGGGAUGUCCGUUCCUCUGAGGAUCCUCUGGCCUCUGUUUUUGGAUGGCUCAGGGACGGUGAGAUUGCAGCGGCUGAAGCUGAGGCGGGUGUGUGGAAGGUUUGAGGGGGACUCCAUUCAAAGCCAGAUGGCCGUUGGCAGAGAGCUCUUUAAUGUUUAAACACGUUUGUAAUCAAGACUUUUUUUUCCCCUCUCCUUUCAAACAAACACUUUACCCAAAACUUAUUUUACUUGCCUCUAAAUGCAUCUCAUGAGUAUCAAAAUUCAGCGGGAAAAUUAAUAAUAACACGCCGAUGGCUUCAGGGGAAAACAAAUGAUUUGUUAGAAUGUGGCACUAGUAAAUGAUGUGCUUCGAGGUGGUUAAUGCACUGUCAUUGGUUCUUUGAUUGGUCUUUUGGAUAAGAUUUGGACAGUUGGUGGGAAAUGUGUUCGGCCCAAACUCAAAUCAAAAUUUAGCAAAAUUGGUUUAAAUGUUUUUUUUUUCUUUAUGCAUCUCUGCGAUUUGUUGUGUAUUGUAGGUAUUUUUCUCCCUUUACCUUCUUUACUAGCCGUUUAGAUUAGAUUGCACCUUUUUUGACUUGCCUGUGGAAGUGUAUCGUUUUUGAUGCAUAUUCCCCACUAAGCUUGCGUUUUACUGAUCUUGACCUAGUUUUACCUUUUUAGUGGGAGAAAUAAAUAAGUCCUGGAUUAGUGCUGUGGUGAUGGUAAAAAUAUUGUCUCUUAAAGAUUUUACUCUUUGUUUUGUUUGCCAAAUAAACCUGGAUUUCAAACCUUAA